AUGGCCGAGAAAGAAUUCUACGACGUCUUCAGUGAGAACUUUUUAACGUGUCAUAUAUGUCUGGAGGAAUUUAAAAACCCGAGAGUGCUCCCCUGUUACCAUUCAUUCUGCCUGGAAUGUAUUGCUGACCAUGCAGCCAAGAAUGGUGUCCAGAACAAGUUCUCGUGCCCCGUGUGUCGCCAAGAGGCCCCUGUACCACCAGGUGGGUUAGAAACUCUCGCCAAAAACUUCUUCUUAAGGAAAGUAAUAGACUUCAUGAAAGAUCAGAAAGCGCCCGAGGGGAAACUUUGUGAGUAUUGUAAUCAUAAAGAGGCCACUUUCAUGUGCAAAGUUUGCCCAGAAACUAACCAACUGUGCGCAACAUGUCGUGAUGUUCACGACAAAAUUCCAUAUUGCAAGGGUCAUUUGAUUGUACCUCUGUCACAAGUAGACUUGUCAGCUAACCCAGUUAGUAUACGAGAUCAGUUACGCCACGUAUUAGAUAAAGCUCAAUACUGCGACAAACACGGCAGCGAGUUGCUGACAUUCUAUUGUGAAGAGGAUGACAUCGUGGCAUGUGCGAAACUGCCUCGUUUUGAAAAGGCGGAGAAAGCCAUUGUACGAAUGGAAGAGAGGUUUACAGAAAAUCAUAGAAAGGUUCUUCGUAUGGUGGAUUCUCAGAAAUUAGCUAUGACGGAGGAUAUUAAAGAAAACAGUGAAACCAUUGAAAGAGAACUCAGGGCUUAUUAUCAACAAGUAGAGAAGGACGAGUUACAGACAGUAGAACCAGACCUUGAUGACAAGAUCAUCGACAUAACAUUUACACCAGGGAAAACAAAAAUGGACGUUGUGCUACAGUUUCCUAAAAUACCUGAACCACAGCUGUCCAUCAAAGCAGGGUCCAUCACGGCCAAAACAUACCAGGGUCCCUUGGAUGCAUAUUUUGGAAGUUUGAAACAAGAUAGAGCGUACUAUCCCGAGCUGAUGGAAUUUCAGAAAAUCUGUUGGCUUGGAACGCCAGAGCGGGGCAUAUCUUUUAAUGUGAAGGGUUGGCCCGUAGAUAUCCGGUGCACAGAUGAUGGGUGUAUUUUAGUUGCAAAUGGUGACGUAUUCAGUUGUAAAACAGCGUCCGUAUUCUCCAGCACAGUUGAUGUCAACAGUAACGGGGAUCUUGUUGUUGGAACGUUCAAUGGUGAAAUAUCCACGUAUAAGUAUAUUGAUAAGAAAUAA